AGUAUUUGUUAGUUUGAACAGACGGUGGACUGUAUAUAGACUAAUAUAUUACACCCUCUUACACACACACACACACACACACACACACAGAGCCAGGCAGGCAAACAGAGUUUUAUACUCUACAGUCGAAACUGUCGAGAAACAGAAAAACAGAAUACCGUAUAUAGUUUAUAAGUAUUAUGAUGGUAAAUGAAACUUAUUUACAUUUGAGUUGAACAGUAUUCAUCUAUUUUCUGCAAGAAAGCAUUCACUAUUUUUUAGGUAGUUGAUCAUUACAAUCAGUAUUAACAGAAAUUUAUCAAGAAAUACUUUCAGACAAAAAGAGAAAAUUAGAAAUAAUAAUAUCUCAAUGUGACCAAUAAUCUUUAAUUCUUACCAAGGAAUUCAGGUGAAAUGCCUAUCUGUUGCGUGCCAAAUUGUAAUAAUUCAACUGAAAGUGGAUUUUUAUUACGGUGCUUUCCUAGAAAUAAUAGCUUACGUGCUGAGUGGGCUAGAAAUAUAAAUAAAUCUGGUUGGAUACCAAAUCAUUGUCACAGAAUAUGUGAGGUUCAUUUUGAACCAAAUAUGUGGGAAAAAACUAGGGUAGAUGGUACUAGAAAAUUGAAACAUAAAGCAGUACCAACAAUCUUCAAUGAUCACAUUAUUGAGGAAGCAUCUCCAACUACUAUUAUAAUUCCACCAGUAGAAGAUAAUAAAACUGAAGUUGAAGUAAAUGAAAAACCUAUUAUUAAAAUUUUACCUCCAGCUAAUUCGAAAAAUACUAAACCUAUUAUUCUACCUGCCUCAAUUUUUGAAAACCAAUCAAACCCUCCAAGUACCAUAAUUGUGAAUACUGAAGGUAAAAUUAUCAACACACAGCCAGUGCCUUCAGUACCUAAACGGGCAAGCAUUUUAAAAUCACAAAUUAAAUCAGUUACUGCACCAUCAGCUUCAGUGGUAAUAGCUACUAAUGCUAGUAGUAGCAUACUUAAAAGUCAAAUACAAAAUGCAAGUAAUCAAUCUCCAAUAGUCAUUCCAGCUAAUGGUAGUAUUCUUAAACCACAGUUUCAAAUAACAGCUCAACAAAUUUCUACUCAACUGCCAAAUAUUAUUCACAGUAAAAACACAAAUAAUCAAAGUAUUUUAAUUCCUUUAAAUAGUUCUGCUCAGGAAUUAUCUAACAACACUUCAAAUGUUCAACUUAUAUCAAGUACAGUAUCUAGUGCAACUGUUCUAGAUACAAAUAUCAAAGAUGAUUUAGAAGAAAUGUUUGAAGAAUAUAACGACAAUAAUGUAAAUACAGUUCCAGCGAAUACUAGUUUGAGUCAAGCUAAAAUGAAAAAAAUAGCAGAUGAACGGUUUGAGAAAAUGGAUAAACUGUUACUGAAGCAAUUGAAGCUAAAUAACGCUUUAAGAAAAAAAUUGCAUGCAGUGAAUCAUCAGUUACACCAACAAACAAAAGUAAAAGAUAAUGACUUUAAAGAAUAUCUGAAAGAUCUAUUUACAGAUGAUCAAAUAAGAGCUAUUGAACUGAGACAUACUAAUCCAAGGUCUAUUACAGCUUGGUCUCACAAAACUAUGAUUAAAGCUCUUAAGUUAAAAGAAUGUUGUGGAACUCGAGGAUAUGAAGAAUUACUCAAACAGAAUAUGCCUUUACCUUCAAUUCGAACAAUUUCAAGAUGGUGUACUCAAAGGAACUUGCCUAUACCAUAAAGUUUUUAAGUGAAAUAAUACUGCAUUUGAAUGCUAAAGCGACAUUUUACAAAAAGCAGUGUUUAAUAAAAUAGUGUUCAGAAAAUUUGGUUUAUUACCAAUGUUGUGAUAAAGUACACCAUAUGUUUAUAGUAUAUUAUUUUCAUAUCAUAAUUAAGUCAACAAUUAAAAUUGUUGAUUUGUGUGACAAAAUUAACUUUACUCACAACUAGCAAUGUAUGCAAAUUUGGUUUGCUUAAAUGAGAUGUUUUAAAAUAAUCAAAUUAAUUAACUGUAAACAAUUUUAAUAUAUUGUCGAAAAAUUUAAUUUAUCUAAAUAGAAUUAGUAAAUAAUAACGAUUAUUAGAAGUCAAUCAAAUUAAGUUGUUCUUUAGUUUUAAAAUAAAGACUGCACAAAUGAAGUCUUUCAUUGUUAUUGCAUUUGGACAAAUGCAAUUAUAGUGUCUACGCUCAGUUUCAUAUUUAUACAAAAUAAAUUUUUAUAAAGCAUUUUAUAACAAAAUUAUGAUGAAAUU